CAUGAAUAUCUGAGUCUGGACGUGGACCGUUCAGUACAGCAAUAGGUUCCUCGGGAGGAUUCAGGCAGCCCACCCGACACAAACGACAUCGUCAAUCGCGUAGGGACACCUGUACAAUCUAGUGUCCUUUGCGAUUCGAAAGGGGAUCGAUCUGCCAGCCUUUUUCUGCGUCGCUUCCUUAUCCUUUCCCUUUCAUCAGACGACAACCGCUUCUCGAUAUCAGGCAUCGCUUCUUCCGUUUUGCGGGAAUGCUCGUGUACGCCUUAGGACUCUGUAUUCCGAACUGUGCGAUUCGUUAUUAGAUUCUUCGCGCUGUACUUCCUUCGACAAGGCACAUUGCCAAGGGGCACCCGAGACCGAAGGUGCGCGAAGGCUGACCGUGAAAGGAAAAACGGGAAUUCGGGAGGGACAUACCGCGAGUCGAGUUCUAGAUUACGACGGCAAGAGGUACAGAGACGGUUAACGCCCGGUUCUAAGGCGCUUCGAAAACGGUUCAGGAACAUCAGAGCGAGUGACGAAGGCUGAACAGCGGGUCGUGGGAAGAGGCUGGACGAUAAGCGAGGGGUUGGGAGAUGGCUGGCAAGGCGGAUUCGGCGAAGCUAUGCCUGGCGUUCAAAUACUGCGUCGACCAAGUCAGGAAGCAUGACCUGGAACAUUACAUAGGAGCGCUGUACAUGCCAGCAGAGCACAGGCCCACUCAAUUCGCACUCAGAGCGUUCAAUGUCGAGACCUCCCUGAUCCCUGACAGAGCCCGGGAGCAGCGCCUUGCAGUUAUUCGCCUUGCAUGGUGGAGAGAUGCCCUCACACGCCUCUUCCAGGGCCAGCCCCCAGAGGACCACCCGGUUCUGGUGGCGCUGGCAGCAGUGAAGGAGGCGAGGGGCAUCAGGAAGCACUGGCUGCACCGAGUGAUCGCAGCAAGGAUGGAGGACGUGGAACGGUCGGCCUUCCCCCCCAACACCAUCGCAGAUGUUGAACAGUACGCAGAGUCCACCUCUUCUGCGCUGCUCUACCUCUCCAUGCAGGCGGCUGGCAUCCACAGCGUGCAAGCUGACCAUGCUGCCUCCCACAUUGGCAAGGCGGAGGGAAUGGCUCUGCUGCUGCGGGGUGCGUCGUACCAUGCUGCUCAGAUGUUGCUGCAAAGCAUGGUUUGGUACACGAGGAGCUGUUUAGAGGGCGGCAGCCACCCAGCUUCAGGGAGUGCGUGUAUGACGUGGCGUGUGUGGCACAGGCACAUUUACAAAAGGCCAAAGCCUUACAGUCAUCCUUGCCUCCUAUUGCCCAACAACUGCUCCUCCCAUCCGCUGUUGGCGCUGACCUCUUCCUUCAAAACCUGCAGCGCCACCAUUUUGAUGCAAUGGACCCAUCACUUCUUCGAGGAGUGUGGGGAGUGACACCUCUAUGGCUCCACUCAAAUCUAUUGUGGAGAUCAUUUCGAAAAUCUUCCUUAUAGCUUCGACUGACUUCAACUGGUGUACGGAGUAGCUGGGAUGUGUUUGUGAAGACGCGCUGUAGUUCCAAUCUUAUUCGAUACAUGCCGUGAUUGUUUAUGUCGCCGCAGGUAGCAUCUGGUGGAGCCGUUGGCGGUCGCUGAAAAAGCCGUUCUACCAACCCGCGGACUACACGUGGAAGUGACUUGUUUCAAAAUUUGCGCCUGACAUUGGCCUUGGGAACCGCGCGCAUGGUCAAUCCAGCACCCAAUUCGAAUUUCCCGACCGAUCCGCGAAGCGACAACUUCUGUCGGUCCUGCGCUCAAAUUCGCGCCUCAAUUCAAAUCAACCACAGCCCAGCCCAUGCCAGGCCAGGCCAGCCCAGCCCAAAUGAUAUGAACGACUCAAAUCAGGAGGGGUUAGCGUAGACACGUAGACGUUAGCGCAAGCCUGAUUGUUUCUCAUGGCUUAGUGUCCGCCAGACA